AUGGGAAGCUCAUUAUCAAGUAUAUGGCCCGGGGGUGCAGGCAAGAAAGGCUCCCGGGUAAUUAUGUGGGGGCCCUGGUACUCUGGAAAGACUACAUUUUUAUACAACAGACUUUUGGUAGAAUGCGCAUCGGGCUGGGACAAUAUUACUCCGGUGUCUACGAUAGGAUUUAACGUCGAAUCAGUAACAUACGGGAACCAAGAACUCACUAUUUGGGACGUGGGAGGUCGAGAUAAGUUCCGGCCAGCGUGGAGGCAAUACUUCUCCGAUAUCGACGCCAUCAUCUACAUCGUCGACGCCACAGAAACAGACCGGCUAGACGCCGCAGCUUCCACACUGGAGUUUCUACUUGUUGACUUGAAUGGGCGUCAUGACAGGCCAAGCAGUGCCCCUGUUCUGGUAUUUGCCAAUAAGCAAGAUCUGGAUGGGGCGUUGUCCGCGGAGGAGGUAUCAAAGGGGUUAAAAUUAGGAGAAGUUCGUCACCGGAAAUGGAAGGUUGUUGAGUCUUCCAUAACACAGGGUUAUGGUAUCAGCGAAGGGAUGAAAUGGUUGAUGGUUGGUGACCUUGCCUUCCUUGGCAGUUGCAUGAAACUGAUUGAUGUUUGA